AUGCACCUCGUCCGGGUCGUGCUCGCCGUCAUGGCCCUCGCCGUGCCAACGUGGACGACACCACCGCCGGCUGCAUUCGGCCACAACGGCACCGACUUCCUCCUCCGCGGCAAGCCCUUUGUCAUUAUCGGCGGACAAAUGGAUCCGCACAGAGUACCAUUCGACUACUGGCGGCGAAGAAUCAUCCUCGCCAAGGCACUGGGCAUCAACACCAUCUUCAGCUCCAUCUUUUGGAACGAGAUGGAGCCGGAGAAGGGCAAAUGGGCCAGCAAGCAGCCCGCCAACAACCUCACCCACUUCUUAGAUAUUGCCAAGGAACAAGGCCUGUAUGUGGUCCUCCAGCCGGGACCAUACGUCGGCGGUGCGCGGGAAUGGGGUGGCCUGCCAUACUGGCUCUCGCGGAUUCCCGGCCUCAAAGUACGAAGCUACAACGAGCCAUUCCUCAACGCCACCAAGAGCUACUUCACCCGGCUGGCCAAGGACCUGGCCCCUUGGCAAAUCACAAAGGGAGGCAACGUCAUCAUGGUCCAAAUCGAGAACGAGUACGGCUCCUACGGCGCCGACGUGCGGUAUAAGGAAGCCCUGCGCAACAUGGCCGCCUCCCUCUUCGACGUGCCCCUGUACACCGCCGACGGCAGAGACAAGCUCUUGCUCGAAGACGGCCAGACCUCGCGUGUGCUCUCCGUCGUAAAAGGCGGGCCCCAAGGGUUCCCUCUGCGAGACGAAGCCGUCACCGACAAGUCGUCGCUGGGCCCCCAUCUCGACGGCGAAGCACACAUCUCGAAACCACUCCAAUGGGGCCCCGAGGCAAAACACUACGCCAUGGACACCGACCAGCCCAGUUUCGUCGAGAGCUACAUCCGCAACCUGGGCAUGACCCUGUCGGCCAACAACUCGAUCAACAUGUACAUGUUCCACGGCGGCACAAACUUCGGCCUCAGCGCCGGCUCCCUAUACACGGGGAACAGGACGACCCCCUGGGCAAACAGCUACCACGGCGAGUCCCUGCUCGACGAGGCAGGCCGCACCACGCCUCUCUACCACAUCAUCCGCGCCGAGAUCCUCAAAUACCUCCCGGACGCGAGCGCCAUCCCCCCGCCCCCGAAUAACCUGCCGCUCUUGCAAAUCAACGAGUUCAAGCUGGAGCCCUACGCAUCCAUCCUCCACACCGUCACCUACACCAAAACCCGCAAGAUGCCAGUGUACAUGGAGACGCUCAAGCAGGGACAAGGCCUCAUCCUAUACGAGCACAAGGUGCUCGCCGCCGCAAACGGCACGCUCGAGGCCGGCGACCGCCCCCGCGACAGAAUCAUCGUCUACGUCAACGGCCUGCGCAAGGGCAUCAUCGACAGCUUCCACGCGUGCCCUGCCACCGUGAAGCUCUCCCUGCAGGCAGGCGACAUCCUGCAGCUGCUGGUCGAAAACGCCGGGCGCACCAGCCACUGGCGCAAAGGAUCCCGCGAGCCCAACCUCAUGGACGAUCCGUUCAAGGGCAUCAACGGGUCCGUGACGGUGGGCUCGUCCGUCCUCCGCGGCUGGAAGAUCCGACAGAUCCCGUGCAAGGAGCCGCCCAUCCUCAAGAAGCCCAUCGGGGGGUCGAUCCAAAAGGGAAUUCUGCCCGUGUACUACAAGGGCAGAUUCAAGCUUCCGCAUCUGGGACCCGGCGAGUUCUACGCCGGAAUGGACACGUACUUGACCAUUGAGGGGGGCACCAGGGGUAUCGUCUGGGUCAACGGCUUCAAUUUGGGUCGGUACUGGGUCUCCGGGCCGCAGCAGUCGUUGUAUGUGCCGGGUGCUCUGUUGAAUCCGGGCCACUCCAACAAGAUUCAUGUUUUGGAGCUCACACCUUGGAAUAUGACUUUGACCGCAAGAGGGGAGACCACGAAGACGUGGGAGAACCGUCCCGACCCGGAGGCGCCACAAUCAUGA